GUUUGAUCUCCAAAAGGUCACAACAAUAAACCACGUUUUGUUUUUUCAAAGUCUAGUACUCUACUCUAUACUAUAAAUAAUCACUGUUCCUGUCACCCUGGCCGUUUACUGAGGAGGAGGGUGAUGGUUGCUAGGGAAGUGUUAACCUAGCAACAUCUGAAUACAGAACGCUAUGGUGUGUGACUGAGGAACUUGCUAACAUUAAAACUUCAGACUGGGGCCAACUCAUGGGAGACCUACAAGCUGUGACAUCCAGGUAUGAGACGAAGGACAUCCAAAUAUUAGACUGAAAUAACCGUAGUACCUCUUCCAUGCUGCGCAUUUCCUAUUGACACUUCGCAGAGAUAGUAAAAAUCUAAAAGAGAUAAUUAAGUGCAACCAUGGCUUCAGAAAUACCCAGCUAUACAGGAAUGGUCAGUGGGACCUAUACCUUCACCAGUUAUCCCAGGACUGUGAAAAAUCGCAACAAGUACCGGGGAAUCCAAUUACCUUUGGUUGAAGAAACUUACCAUUAUGGAAAUAUCAUGUAUGAUAGAAGAGUGGUGCGAGGGAAUACUUAUGCACAGCAUACAUUACCUGUGUCUGCUCAGCCAGAUCCUGUAGAGCUUCAGAGGCAACAAGAGGCGCAAAGAAGAGCUUUGUCAAAGAAACGAGCUAAAGAACUACUGCGACCAAGGACUCCAGAGCCAGUAGAGGGCAGAAAGCACAUUGAUGUACAGACAGAGUUAUAUCUGGAGGAGCUCAGUGACCGUGUAGAAGAGAAGGACAUGGCAUGCCAAACAGAUGCAUUUCUGGACAGACCACCCACACCACUCUUCAUCCCAGCAAAGACAGGUGCUGAUGUUGCUACUCAGAUACUGGAAGGAGAGCUCUUUGACUUUGACCUGGAAGUACAACCAAUACUAGAGGUUUUGACUGGCAAAACAAUUGAGCAAGCAUUGCUGGAAGUGAUGGAGGAGGAAGAGCUGGCCAACCUGAGAGAGCAGCAAGAAGCCUUUGAGGAGCUGCGUAAUGCAGAACUGGCUGAGGCUCAACGUCUUGAAGAACAGGAGAGGCGGCGAAGAGAGGAAAAGGAACGACGCAAAAAGCAGCAACGGGAAAUGUUACUUAAGAUAAAAGAGACUUCGGAAAAGGUUGCAGCCAGAGCAUUUGCCCAACAAUAUCUUGCCGAUCUUGUACCGUCUGUAUUUAGCAGCCUUAAGGACAAUGGUUACUUCUAUGACCCUGUGGAAAGAGAUGUAGAAACAGGGUUCCUCCCAUGGUUGAUGCAAGAGGUUGAAAAGGUAUUAGAGAACAAAAAUCUUGGAAGAACAAUGCUUGACCAACUAAUUCGUGAAGCAGUCCAGUUACAAAUAGACAGUUUUGUGAAGAAACCACAAGAUCGUGUCUCUGCUGAGAAUUAGCAAGCUUCAACUGACCGGUAUUAAUGGGAAAAAGCAUUCUUUUUAAGCCCUUGUUAGAGACAUAUUGUUUUUGUCCUACGGAAGACGAUGCAUUGUUAAAUGUGUUUGUUGUUUUGAAAACAAAUGGUAAUAAAACUACAUUUAUGCUUGUAGAGACUUCUCCCUAAGAGCCAAUAAGCUAAAGCUCUCCUCUCUGAAGAGAUGAUCUCAGACUUCUCGUCAGUACUGGGAGGCCUUUGAAAUAAUUUUAUAAAGGCAAAUUUGUUUAUCUUAAGUUCUGAAUGUGAUGUUGCAAUAUAAUGCUCAAUAAAAGCCCCUAAACAUUUUGCACGA